AUGGGGAAGGGCGCGCGCUCAAAGCGGAGCGUCCGCCCGGCAGCGAAGCGGCAGCACAUGCCGCGGCACCGGGCGCCGGAGGUUGACCCCGCCCUCGUCGAGCAGUACCGCAGCACACGGCAGCCCAUCAAGAAGAGCCAACUCUUCGAGAAGCUGCGGGAGCAGACGAAAGACUCGAAGCGGGUCCGCCGUGAGGCGCGCGAGAAGGAGCGCAAGCUGCUGAAGGACCGCGCGCCGGCGAAGGAGAUCCCGAAGACGAAGGAGCGGCUGCGCCGACCUGACGUGACGAUUGUGGAGGACAAGAAUGACGCGGAGAUUGUGCGCGACGAGGCCGACGACGAGUUCGCCGCGUACUUCAAGGAGGGGAAGAAACCGGCGAUCCUCAUCACGACGGGCGAGCGGCCGAGCUUCCGCACGAAGCAGUUCGUGAAGGAGGCGUUGUGGCUCUUUCCCAACUCCGUCUACCGCCCUCGGAAGGACUACACGCUGAAGGAGAUCACGCAGUUCUGCAUCAACCGCGACUUCACCGACCUCGUGGUGGUGACGGAGCGGCUGAAGGAGCCGUACAACCUCAUCGUGUCGCACCUGCCGCAGGGCCCGACGGCGACGUUCCGCGUGUCGAACUUCCUGACGCACGCGCAGCUGUCAGACCCCGCGCCGCGGACGGAGCACUACCCGGAGCUCAUCUUCAAGAACUUCGACACGCGGCUGGGGCGCCGCAUCAACCGCAUGCUGGAGUGUCUCUUCCCGGCGACGCGUGACUACGCGGGGCGUGCGGUGGCGACGUUUCACAAUCAGCGCGAUUACAUAUUCCUGCGCACACAUCGGUACAUCUUUGACAGCCUCGACGCGGUGCGUAUUCAGGAGAUGGGCCCCCGCUUCACUCUGCGGCUUCUGUCGCUGCAAUCGGGUACAUUUGACACGCAGUUUGGUGAGUACGAGUGGUUCCGCAAGAAGGAGCACGACGCGGACAAACUUGAGUGGUACGUGUAG